AUGGACGACACCGACGACAGCCAGCGCCGUAUCGAGCUGGCCUCGGACAAGGACCUCGCCUUCCUCAUCGCCAACGUCCGCGCCGCCGCCGCCGAGCACCUGCACGCCGCCUUCCCCCCGCAAAACCGUGACUCCAGCGGCGAGGACAAGCUCCGCGACGAGAUCGAAGCCAUCGUCGACGACUACAUUGACCGCACGUUCACCCUCGCCGCGCCCAACCUCUCCAUCAAUGGCCUCCCCGUCAACGCCGCCGACUUCUUCCCCCCCGCGCGCAGCCGCGGCGGCGGGCGCAAGUCCUCCCUCCCGCCCCCCGCCGACGUCGCCUACGAGCCCUUCGACGCCGACAAGCGCCAGCGCGUCGCCGACCUCGUCUCCGCCGAGGAGCGCCUCCUCGAGGAGGUCGCGGCCAUGAAGCGCGCCGUGCCCGCCGACGUGGCCGCGCGCGUGGCCGCAAAGCUCGACGAGGCGGCCGCCCGCGACGACGAGCAGCUGCAGCGAGGGCUGGACGCGGCGGCAGCAGCAGCGCGACGCUGCUCAGAAAACGACGACGACGACGACGGCCGGGUGCUCGUGUCGCCGCUGGAGAGGCAGGAGGGCGUGGAGGAGCGCUUCAGGGGCGCUGUCGCCGCGAUGGGAAGGCUGCAGAGGGAUAUGCCCAGCGUGGUGGCCAAGAUGGAACGCGCACGCGUCGCGGGCGAGUACGUGCGCGACGAACGGUGA